ACAAGAAGAAACCAUUUAUUUAUCCCCACAGAACUCCAUAUCUCAAUGCCCAUAUGGAAUCGAAGCAGAGGAUAUCCAUUUCCUUCUACGAGGCACCGGUCCACCGGCCCAAAGUGCUGCGAUCGGUAACCCGACCGGCCGCCGGACGAUUCCGGCAGUCGACGACCCGCAGCUUCGACCGCAGGGCUAUGCUCCUCGCUUACGCACAGCAGCUCCGGCGAAUCCACCGCGAUCGACAGGUGGCGCGCCCAGAUUGGAGGAAAUGGCAGAUCGCAUUCGCUACUCAUGAUGGGAUGACAAAGGGAUCUCGCUGGGGGUUUCGGGUAAUCGGAGUGAGACCGCGGCCGCGGUGGGGACCAGAUUAUGAGCGGCUUGAGGCCAUGGACGGUGGCGGUGGAAAGGAGAAGCGGCGGUGGCGCGUCGGCCGAGUAUGUAAUCAAUGGAGGCUUAUGGUGCGUUGGAUUUCGCGCAGAUGGAGGCUUAUGGGAUCCUAUUUCAAGUCUGAAAAAUAUCAUCAUAUUUAGACAUUAUAAAAAUAAUAAUAAUAUUCAAAUAUUACAAGAGAUGUUCAUAGAGUUAUUUGAUGCAAAGCUUUCAUGUA